GACCCCAACAGUCUACCCGAACGGUAAGUUCCAAGUUGCUUUUAUUAGGUUUGGGGGACAUCUUCAACAUUUCAAGAUUUUGUAGUGUUUUCAAGGCUGUACAACUCGCCAAUACCAGAUUGAGAUAAUGAGCUACGGGGAACAAGGCCGACGUCAACAGCUUUCCGCAAAUAGGCCCCCUAGCGCGAGCGAAUUGGAGGAUUGAGAGUGUAAUUCCGGGGCGUUCAGGAUGGCACAAAAAGCUCAAGAGGAUCAUCAUCCUCGUGCCACACUUGUCGCACCCUGUCGCACUCGUCGUAAUUCGUCACAAUUCGUCGCGACUGUCAUGAUUCUACAAGUCGCAUUCUGUUUGUCUGUUUGCUUGCUUACAAGAUGCUAACUCCACGGUAUCAUAGUCAGCAGAACCGUCAGAAUCACCAACCUCCAGCGGCUGCGAGAUCGUCAAAUCAAUAUCGUCAUUCCGGCUCCGUCCGUCCCGUAUCUUCCGUAUACUCACAGCCGACGCCGGUGGCCGCGACCUUCGCCGCGCAGCAGUUGCGACUCGAAGUCCCGCAUAGCGAUCCGAACGAGAUUUCCCCGCCGAGUUCUCCUGACGUAUUGUCACCGAGGGAUGGGCCGAACCCAGGCGACGUUUCUCCCAUUGAAGAAGUACCAGACAUGUCUCAGCUCUCCGCAGAUCCUAGGGGUAUCCCUAGAUCCGAUGCUCGCAGCAAUAUUCCUAUGAUGCGCCGCGAGCGUCGAAAAAACUCGGAUGCCGCCAUAAGAACCCUCCGCGAAUCCAUGUCCCGCGAAAAGUUGAAGCAGCCGCGACCAUACGGUCAUGAUGUGCGUUGGAACCCAGCUACCGGCGAGCCCACAACGGAUUCGAAGGGCAGGCCGUCGCAGGUGAAUCCGCAGGAGUUCGUUCAGGGACUUGCGUCUCGACCUGGCUCAGUAUCCCCACCGCAGGCUAAGCAAGAGAAGCAAGGCCAGAUCACUUUCGGUGAACGUUUACGCCGAGUACGACAACCCAACGGCUCUUCUCAAGCAGAGUCAGCUCCACGACCCGAAUGGCGGGGAGCAAGUGGACGAACGACACUCGUUGCGCCUGUGAACGACAACAAAGAUGUGGCUCCAUUAAAGCUUCCUCCUAAGAGUAGCAAGCGUGGAGGCCGCGAAUCUGGUGGUCUAUCCCCUGUUCAUUCAGUCGAUUCUGAAUCUGCUCCAUCCCCGCCAGUCCGUGGUUUGGGCAUAUCGAAUCAACUUACUCAGCCACAAUCGCCUGCGUCACCCAGCAUCGCGGUCACAAAUUCGAGUGCCAACCCGCAUAUAUAUCCUAGCCCACCCCUUUCUGACGACAAUACGGCCCUAGCCGGUAAUCCUCAACAUCAGUCUUUACAGGUCCCGCCGAAUGAUAAGGCGAUUCGCAGGAAACCAGCCGGAGGACCAGGCCACCAAGCCCAACCAUCAUGGUCCUCCUCGGUAUACUCCGAACAAGACCCACGCGCAUCCCUGAACAACCCACCACCACCUAUCGACACAUCCCUGGACGGCUGGACGCAGCCGCCUUCCCGCUUUAGCGUGACCACCUAUGCAACAUCGUCCCAGCAGUCAACAACUCCCAGAGAUAGCAUCGACGUAGACGUGAAUGCUUCUACGGUACCCACGUCAUCCCAGCAAUUUAUAGCUCAACAGCAUCAGCAGUCUUCAGUUCUCGACCGCAAGCGACCCAUAGUUUCGGGCUACGAUAGUCCCGGUUCGCGCAAAAACAACAACCCUUCCGAGCCAGUCAAGAUCAGCCUCGAUUCACACUACAUGACGUCCGCCGUGUCCCGGCCGCGCAAGGCAUCCCCCGAUGCAGCGGUCCCCAGAGGCAACGAAUCGCUGCUCUCGCUCGGGUCGCUGUCGGAUAAGGACAAGACGCUCCCACUAGCGCCUCCCGAGACUCAGUCAGCGCAAACGCAAGACCGCGUGGCGCAGCUCAAUGCCAAAUUACAGGCGCUGGGCAACCGCCGCAUCAACAUUAACACGGCGAUCAAGCAAAUGACGGAGUUAAUGCCGACGGAUAACAUCCUAGCCAGCGAUGCCGUGAUUCAUAAGCGAGAGGAGGAGAAGAGGAAGGUCGAGACUCUGAGGCAGGAGCUCGCUGAUGUGGAGAGGGAGUCGUAUGAAUUAGGCCUCAAGCUGCACCGCGCAUAUAAGAGGCUGGACCGAGAUGCGGAGUAUGAACCCACGACGCUGUGGGUUAGGCGGGUUACGGGAUAGUGAGAGCUGCGUCGUAGGGAACUGGGCUGGACUAGGGCUGGAUUGAAUAAGGUGGCGGCGGCGGCUGCGGACUUCUGAGAUGCCUCAACUGGUUAUUCCCUGCCAUUUGGGAUAGGUGUGGAAAUCCCGUGUGGUGUUGAACAAGGUACUUCCUCUCUACCCAAGAAUAAGGAAGAAGAUACGUCAAGUUCUAUUCACCGCAUUUAUCCCCUUUUUUAUGUCCAUUUGUCUUUCUACAACAGGCGGUUUGCUACGACUACCUUACGUUACAUCAAGAUACAUUUUGGUUCGGCUCUCAUAUGGCUUGCAGGCGGCAUCAUGAUCGAGAAGAGAAGGAACAUCGAGAUACCUAUUAAUGUAUGCAUGUAGCAAGCAGGCAGGCCAAGCAUGGAGUUUUGCGAGAUACCUAUUCAAUUCUUUUUUUCCUUACCUCUUUUUUCUCGGACAGGGGGGUAUUGAUCGAGUUGUAAAUAGACAAAUAAAGAAAAUGAAUGAACGAGAGAUAUGAACUGAAUCAAUGUUAUUAUUCUUAUGAGCGUGGGUUCUUUGCUAUGAGAGGAUAUGAAUGUGUAGUGUGAUUGAAUGUAUGGACAAGGAGAUAGGGGACGGGAUAGGCGCAGC